GCGGCGGCGGCGGCGGAGUAGUGAAGGGUCCGGGGCGGAGAUCGCCCCGGCGGCGAACGGCCCGGAGAGGCUCGGCCUGAGGCGACCGUUUUUACUAGGUGGAUGUAGCAAGAGAAGUUGUCAGGCCCGAAAUGGAGGUCAGAACUUCAUUACAGAAGGUUGGUGUGUCAUCGGAUUCUGUGGCGAUCCUCAACAAUGAAGAAUUCGUUUUGGUUCCUCAGCAGGCAGAUGACACGUCUGUGAAAGAUGAUGAAAAGCCUCAACUGAAGAUAGUUUCAAAUGGCGAUGAGCAGCUAGAAAAGGCCAUGGAAGAGAUUUUGAGGGAUUCGGAGAAAGGCCAAAGCAAUAGUGCACUCGACCGCAGCAAUAUCAGUGAGCCAUCCAGAGAGUCAUCCAGAGAGAUCACAACCACCCCGAAAAAUAAGCCUUCUCUCCAGUUAAUAUUGGACCCUUCCAAUACAGAAAUUUCUGCGCCCCGAAUGCCUUCUCCCAAUGAACCCCCAGAGGAACACAGUGUUUUAUUUAACAAACUGACAUACUUAGGAUGCAUGAAGGUUUCUUCACCUCGCAGUGAAACAGAAGCUCUUCGGGCAAUGGCCACCAUGAAAUCUUCAAGUCCAGCGUCUUUCCCCGUGACCCUCUAUGUACCAAAUGAUGCAGAAGGUUCUGUAAGAAUAAUAGACCAAUCUGGCAAUAUAGAGAUUGCCUCCUUUCCAAUCUACAAGGUGUUGUUCUGUGCACGUGGACACAAUGGGACAUCAGAAGGUGAUUGCUUUGCAUUUACCGAGAGCUCCCGAGGGACAGAAGAAUUUCAGAUACAUGUUUUUUCCUGUGAGAUUCAAGAGGCGGUCAGCAGAAUUCUUUAUAGCUUCCAUACUGCAUUUAAACGUUCUUCCAAACCAGUGCCCGAUGUUAAGGAUUCAGUUCUUCCCACCCCGGACAGUGAUGUAUUCACCUUCAGGGUCUCGUUGGAGGUUAAAGAAGAUGAUGGAAAAGGAAAUUUUAGCCCGGUGCCGAAGGACCGAGAUAAAUUUUAUUUCAAAAUGAAACAGGGAAUUGAGAAGAAGGUUGUGAUCACAGUGCAACAACUUUCCAACAAAGAAUUAGCUAUCGAAAGGUGCUUUGGGAUGUUGUUAAGCCCAGGUCGAAAUGUGAAGAACAGUGAUAUGCAUUUGUUGGAUAUGGAGUCCAUGGGAAAGAGCGCUGAUGGGCGAGCAUACGUUAUAACUGGAAUGUGGAAUCCCAACGUGCCCACAUUUCUGGCUCUUAAUGAAGAAACUCCCAAAGAUAAACGGGUGUACAUGACUGUAGCAGUGGAUAUGGUAGUCACUGAGGUAGUGGAGCCUGUCCGCUUCUUGCUGGAGACCGUGGUGCGUGUGUAUCCUGCCAAUGAGCGCUUCUGGUAUUUCAGCAGAAAGACGUUCACAGAGACUUUCUACAUGAAGCUGAAACAGUCUGAAGGAAAAGGCCAUUCAGGUGUCGGGGAUGCCAUUUACGAGGUGGUGAGUCUCCAGAGAGAAUCAGAAAAAGAAGAGCCGAUUAGCCCGAUAAGCGGAGGGGGCCCACUGUCCCCACAGGAGGAUGAGCCAGAAGAGGAGAGUGAUAACGAGUUGUCAAGCGGUACAGGUGAUGUGUCUAAGGAUUGUCCUGAGAAGAUCUUGUAUUCUUGGGGAGAAUUACUAACAAAAUGGCACAGUAACCUUGGUGUGCGGCCAAAAGGGCUAUCUACUCUGGUGAAGAGUGGAGUCCCAGAAGCCUUAAGGGCAGAGGUAUGGCAGCUACUUGCAGGAUGCCAUGACAACCAGGCAAUGCUGGAUAAAUACCGAAUUCUCAUCACAAAGGACUCCGCCCAGGAGAGCGUUAUUACUCGCGAUAUUCAUCGCACAUUUCCUGCACACGAUUAUUUCAAGGACACUGGAGGAGAUGGGCAGGAAUCACUUUACAAGAUCUGCAAGGCUUAUUCUGUCUACGAUGAAGACAUUGGCUAUUGUCAGGGACAGUCUUUCCUUGCUGCUGUGUUGCUGCUGCAUAUGCCAGAAGAGCAGGCAUUCUGUGUAUUGGUGAAGAUCAUGUAUGACUAUGGCCUGAGGGACCUUUACAAAAACAACUUUGAAGAUCUUCACUGCAAGUUUUUUCAGCUGGAAAGACUAAUGCAGGAGCAGUUACCGGAUCUGCAUAGCCAUUUCUGCGAUUUGAACCUGGAAGCCCACAUGUAUGCAUCCCAGUGGUUCCUCACUCUUUUUACUGCCAAGUUUCCACUCUGCAUGGUCUUCCACAUCAUUGACUUACUGCUCUCUGAGGGGCUAAACAUAAUCUUUCAUGUCGCCCUGGCUCUGCUAAAGACCUCAAAAGAAGAUCUUUUGCAAGCUGAUUUUGAAGGUGCCUUGAAGUUCUUCCGAGUUCAGCUUCCAAAGAGGUACAGAGCAGAAGAGAAUGCAAGAAGACUGAUGGAACAGGCCUGCAAUAUUAAGGUACCCACCAAGAAGCUGAAGAAAUAUGAGAAAGAAUAUCAAACGAUGCGGGAGAGUCAGCUGCAGCAGGAAGAUCCUAUGGACAGAUACAAGAGGGAGAACCGGCGGCUACAGGAAGCCAGCAUGCGGCUGGAACAGGAGAAUGAUGACCUAGCCCAUGAACUAGUAACUAGCAAAAUCGCCCUGCGGAAUGACUUGGACCAGGCUGAGGACAAGGCGGACGUCUUGAACAAAGAGCUGCUCCUAACCAAACAGAGACUGGUGGAGACCGAAGAAGAGAAGCGGAAGCAAGAGGAAGAAACAGCUCAGCUGAAAGAAGUCUUCAGGAAACAGCUAGAGAAGGCAGAAUCUGAAAUAAAGAAAACUACAGCCAUCAUUGCUGAAUAUAAACAGAUCUGUUCCCAGCUGAGUACCAGGCUGGAGAAGCAGCAAGCAGCGAGCAAGGAGGAACUGGAAGUUGUGAAGGGAAAAGUGAUGGCAUGCAAACACUGCAGUGAGAUUUUCAGUAAGGAGGGGGCCCUGAAGUUGCCCAUAAUAAGCAGAGAGAACGAGGGGACAGAAACGGAUGACGAGAAGGACUCCCUUAAGAAGCAGCUGAGGGAGAUGGAGCUGGAACUCGCACAGACCAAACUGCAGCUGGUGGAAGCCAAAUGCAAAAUCCAGGAGCUUGAGCAUCAGAGGGGAGCCCUCAUGAAUGAAAUCCAAGCUGCCAAAAACUCUUGGUUUAGCAAAACCCUGAACUCUCUCAAAACAGCCACGAGCACUCAGCCUCCCCAGCAGCCUCAGCCCUCUCAGCCACCCAGAGAGAGUACAUAGUUCCAAGCACGCCCCCAAGCAAAAGAGCACAACGAUCAAAGCAACUGGAGUCCUGGAGGAUUUUCCCCAGUGUCCUUUGGGGAAAACGAGGAUGACCAGGGAGCAAGCCUUGAACCGAAAAUUCUUCAGCACCUUUCAGUCAAAGUUCAAAAGGAAGUUAUUUAAAAAGUCCUGUUUUCUGUUCAGUACUUACUUUCCAUCAGCUUUGGCAAAAGCCAUGCUCCGAUCCCUCAUCUGUUUACAUAUGAUUUUAUUUGCCUCGAUGUUAGAAAAAAAGAAAUAAACCAUUCAGAAGUCAUUGUUCAUGUGGAACUAACUAGUCUUGUAUCUUGCAUAAAGCAGUAGGAUUUUCUUUUUUCUAUUCAGGGUUGAUGUGGUGGGACACAGGAUGUCAAGGUAAGGAAAGGUUCUGGUUGGAAAAUGUAAAAAGCGCCGGGUCAUGACAAAUGUUCAAGCCCUCGUCCUGGAGGGCUUAUGUCCCAAAGGCCCGGCAGGCUUCUGACCCAAUUCCAUUUUUAUUUUUUGUGGUAGAAGUGUGGACAAGACACUGACAUUUGACUUGCAGGGGCCUGGUGUCCUGGGUUUUCCGGAGGACGGAGAACGGGGCUUGAAAUAAUCCUGCUGAUCCGGCCAACCCCUGGGCACUGGCCUCUUCUUUAGAGACCUGAACGUGGGUUUGCGGCAGGACAAAAAUUCCUUUUGUGUUUGUCCUAGAGGAAGGUUGGCAAUCACAACCGUUAUGGGCAGGGAUCACAUCAACCAACUCUUUUGUCCUGUACUUUUCCAAGCGCUCAGUACAGCGUUUCUCACACAGUAAGCGCUUAAUAAAUACCACCGACUGAUUGAUUUGAUUUUGAAUCUUAUUUUAGCAUCCCAACAGAUCAGUAGAGCAUAAAGUGGCUGUGAAAAGUAGCCAAAACAACUUGCACCAGGAAGGUAGGGUUCUGGCAUCAGCUUUGGGCCCAGGAUCAAAACCUCCUACUUGAAAGUAACUAGAGGAGAAAGAGAGGGUGGGGGUCGGGGACAGUGACCAAGAAGACUGUUCAUUUUGACACAGCCACUUAAGAAACACUAAUGCCAUAUGCACUAACUCUGUUGUGCUAAAAGACAACUUAAAAUCUUUUAGCCGAAUGCUUGGAAACUUUUUUCUGGUAACAUCUGUAACUCUAAAAACGUGUGCCCUUUUUAUCUCUAAGGCAAGGAGGUGUGAAGACAUUUGUAAUGUUUUCUGAGUGACUAUAAAAAUGUUUAUAGAAAUACUUAUUUCGUGGAAAAUUGAAACUAUUGCUUAAAAAAUUGAUGGAAAUAUUUUUAAUUAUAUUUAACGUGUCUGUAUACACAUAUACAUAUGUGUGUAUAGACCUGGCAAGGAAAUUUCUCAGAUGAGGCAAAAAGGUGUAGUUGAGUUUUGAGUUUCCCAGGUUAUAAAACUGUUCUACAAUCAUCUGUCUACCCUGUUGAAUAAAGUUUAACGAGACUCA